GUUGUCAAAUUAACUUUCUAAGAAAUCACAAAAUGCAAGCUAUUAAAUCUGGAUUUAUGUACUUGUGCCUUUGUUGGCUGCAUGUGCUGACCCUGUUCCAGAAACUCUUGGCCAAAUAUCGCCAUGAACCGGAUUUCACUGAUGUGAUUUUGUUCAAUGACAAGACCCUGAAGAGUAAUGAAAUGCACAAGAAUGGGAACUGUCCGAGGCGAUUCUGCACUCCUUGCCGGGUGAAUCGACUGAUUGCCUAUAUAGACAAUGCCCAGGUGUGCAUGGAUAUUGCCCACCUCGUCAUCACCCAUGACAGUAUAUUCAAGGCCGUGUUGGCCGCCUGGUAUCGGGGCGUCAACGUGCGCAUCGUCACCGACCCCGAAAUGGUACACAUCCGCGGUUCCCAGAUGCGGAAGCUCUGCUCCCACUGCAUUCCCAUUCACGUGGCCGCCAAGAGAACCAUCAUGCACCACAAGUUCACCAUCAUAGAUGGGGAGCAGCGGAUCCUUCAGCUGGGCAGUGAAGAGAGGCUCAAGGCAGCCCGCCUCUUGCAGCGCCGUGGAAUCGUUAUGACAGGCUCACUGAACUGGACCGAACAAGGCACCCGCCAUAACUAUGAGAAUGUGGUCAUCACUUCCAAUCGCAAGGUCAUCGCGCGUUACCAAGAGAUCUUUGAUAAUUUGUACAACUAUUACGCACAGCUAACCAUAAUUUUCAGCGAAUUGUAUCAUUCUGAGAUAGAGAAGAUUCCAGACAGAAACGCAAAGGAUUUUUAUUAG